UAGGUGUGACGUCGUUAAAUUACCUGUCAGCCUCAUCGCUGAUGUCACAUAACGAGCUGGUUUACUUAAUAUGCGUCUUGAAAGGCAGAAGGAAACGUCGAUUCAAACGCUUACACAAGCUACAGCCUGCAGAACAAAAAACUCAAGAACAGCUUCAAAAAUGUCUCUAAAGGUCACUUUCCUUGUGAUGUCGUUGGUUUCUCAGUGCUGCUCCUCUCCUUAUAGGAGAAACUGGACUCCUCAGGCAAUAUUGUAUCUUAAAGGCGCACAGGGACACCGCUCAACCCUGGAGCGCAGCAGCAGAGACGAAGGGGAAGCUUCACAAUUAGUGAACUUCAGUCAGAUCAACGAUGGGCUGGGAUUGUCUUCAGCUUCCAUCGAGCUCCUGCAACAAGCCGCAGAAGAAGGUGGGGGCGGACAUGUUUACCGAGACUCGAGCUGGAAACAUCCCUGAUUGCUUUUCGCCCGAUCCGGUCGUCGUACCUGCUGUUGGAUAUUUGAACUCUAAAAUGUCGUUGUUGGUAUGACUGGAUAAUCUGCAGCAAGGAACUCUUAAAUAAACUUCAUUCUUCUAAAAAUGUAAACUGGUUAUGACUGACUAAAUUCUCAUGUGCUGUGAUGUGUUUUGCUGGCAGAACAUUUAGUUCGUUUCCUCUUUCAUUGUGCUUUUUAAGCAAAUGGGUUCCUAUUGUAAAGGUUUAGAAAUAGUUUUCAGGAUGCUCUUGCUAUGGUUAAGUUGGGAAAGGAACAUUUGAAACAAAUUUAGCUUUUCAAACUUUAUUCUUUUCAUGUCAUGUCCUUCCUUCCUUUUUUGUUUCCUUCCUUCAUUCCUAUCCUGUCAGUUAAAGCCGUCAGCUGUUAGGACGCUGAGACCAGCUUGCAGUCGAACA